AUGGCCUCGGCGAACCAGUGCAGCACGUCUGGCAGCGCCAUGCGCCAACAUGCCGGCGGCUACCUGCCGAUCGAGAACUACGGCAUCAUCGGCAACAUGCACACCUGUGCUCUUGUCGGCAUGGACGGCAGCAUCGACUUUAUGUGCUGGCCCGACUUUGACUCGCCGUCUGUCUUUGGCCGCCUGCUCGACAAGAACAAGGGCGGCCACUUUAGCGUGUCGCCGCCGCUGGACCUGGUCUGCACGACCAAGCAGCAGUACCUGCCGUCGUCCAACAUUCUGCUGACGCGCUACAUCCACGAGGAGGGCGUGGUGGACCUGGUGGACUUUUUUCCGCGGCCCAAAGAGACGGCCGUCGUGUCCCGGGCGCCGGGCCAGGGGGGCGUGCGGGCAGCGCGGUCGGUGCAGGAGGAGCUGAAGAAGUGGCUGGUGCGGCGGGUGGAGUGCAUCCGGGGACGGAUGGAACUGGAAAUCGAACUCUUCCCCGCGUUCGACUAUGCGCGGGCGCCCCACAAGACGACCAUCGAGCAGACCACCGCCGGCCCCGACAAGCCCAGCAAGACGGCGACCUUCCACUCCGCCGACGUCCAGCUGCAGCUGGACGUGGUCGUCGAGUCCGGCGAGCCGACCGACCCGUCGGCGGCCGACAUCAACAACAACAUCACAAACACCAGCCCGACAGCAACCGCCAAGAGCCCGCCCGUCGUCACCUUCCACGAGCAGGACCGCCCUGGCAUGCUCGGCGCCGGCGUCGUGGCGCGCGUCGUGCUCGAGGAGGGCCAGUCCGUGUCGCUCGUGCUGCGCAGCGACAUGCCCAACCACAUCUCGCCGCACAUCACGUCCACGCUCCUCGACUCCCAGCAGCACGACACGCAGCGCUUCUGGUACAACUGGAUCAGCAAGAGCAAGUUCAAGGGCAAGUGGCGCGAGGUGGUCGACCGCAGCCUCAUGAUCCUCAAGCUGCUGACCUACGAGCCCACGGGCGCCAUCAUCGCGUCGCCGACGUUCUCGAUCCCCGAAAACAUUGGCGGCACGCGCAACUGGGACUACCGCUACUCGUGGGUGCGCGACGCGAGCUUCACCAUCUACAUCCUGCUGCGGCUCGGCUUCAAGGCCGAGGCCGACGCCUACAUGGAGUUUAUCAACGAGCGCAUCCUGACGUCGCGCAACCCGGACGGCGGCCUGCCCAUCAUGUUUACCAUCCGCGGCGAGACGGACAUUCCCGAGAUUGAGCUCGACCACCUGGAGGGCUACAAGGGCAGCCGGCCCGUCCGCGUCGGCAAUGCGGCCGCGUUCCACCUGCAGUUUGACAUUUACGGCGAGCUGCUCGACGCCAUCUACCUCAACAACAAGUACGGCAAGCCGGCGACGUGGGACCAGUGGGUGUCGGUGCGCCAGCUGCUGGACUAUGCGCUCACGAUCCGCCACGACCCGGACAUGUCCAUCUGGGAGGUCCGCAACAACAAGCAGCACUUUACCUACUCGCAGGUCAUGCUGUGGGUCGCCUUUGACCGCGGCCUGCGCCUGGCCGAGAAGCGCAACCUGCCGUGCCCGAACCGCGCCGCGUGGCUCGCGGCGCGCGACGCCCUGUACGAGGAGAUUAUGGACAAGGGCUACAACACGGAGCUCAAGUCGUUUGUCCAGAGCUACGAGAACAACACGGCCCUCGACUCGUCCAUCCUGAUUGCGCCGCUCGUCUUCUUCAUCUCGCCCUGCGACCCGCGCUUCCUCAACACGCUCGACCGCAUCCUGCUGCCGCCCGACCGCGGCGGCCUCACCAGCACCGGCCUGGUGAGCCGCUACGACACGACGCUGUCGGACGACGGCGUCGGCGGGCGCGAGGGCGCCUUCAGCAUGUGCACGUUCUGGCUCGUCGAGGCCAUGUGCCGCGCCAGCGUGUACGAGAGCCGCUACCUGGCGGGCGCCGUCAACCUGUUUGAGAACAUGCUGAGCUUUGGCAACCACGUCAACAUGUUUUCCGAGGAGAUCUCGCCGAGCGGCGAGCAGCUGGGCAACACGCCGCAGGCGUUUAGCCACCUGGCCCUGAUCAGCGCGGCCUUUAACCUGGACCGCGUGACGGAGUCCAAGGCGAGCGACGACAAGCUGUAG